UGUUUGUUGUUGCAAUAGGGGAGAAGUCGUUCCUGUGUGACCUCUGCGGAUUUGCUGGUGGAACACGCCACGCUCUCACCAAACACAGGCGACAGCACACAGGUGAAAAGCCAUUCAAAUGUGACCAGUGCAACUUCGCUUCCACAACACAAUCUCAUCUGACUCGUCACAGACGUGUCCACACAGGAGAGAAACCUUAUAAGUGUCCUUGGUGUGAUUACAGGUCAAACUGUGCUGAGAACAUCCGCAAGCAUAUCCUACACACUGGCAAACAUGAGGGAGUACAAAUGUACAACUGCCCAAAGUGUGAGUAUGGAACCAAUACUCCAUUGGAAUUUCGCAAUCAUCUCAAGGAGCAUCAUCCAGAUAUUGAGAAUCCAGAUCUGGCAUAUUUGCAUGCAGGGAUAGUUUCCAAGGCGUAUGAAUGUAGACUUAAGGGCCAAGGAGCACAGUUUGUUGAAACGGCUGUUCCAGUCAAUCCACCUCGAGUAGUUUCUACUGAAAUCACAGGUGAUCCACUUGGCAGCUGCAUUGAACAGCAGGAAUCAGCUGAGUCCAUUGGGCAAGUGUUUAUAAUUCAAGGCUACCAAGUUGGAUGUGGUGAGGAGAUUUCCAUUGAUGCUUCAGUUGAAGCUACUGCAGCGGCAACUCUCCAGACUAUGGCAAUGGUGGGUCAAAUGACUCAGGUGGCGAAAGUGAUGCAUAUCACUGAAGAUGGCCAAAUCAUUGACACAACUCAGGACACCGCCCAUGUGGGCAACAUCGUUCCUGGGCAGACUCUCACAAAACAGCCGAUAUCAGGAGCCACCCAGCUUGCAGCAGGAAAGGAGCCAACUGAACAAGGGAGUGCUACAGAAGCGGCCAUUGCCAUGGAAACCCUGGCAGAUUCCGAUCAUGUUGAACAAGUAGUGACACAAGAGGAGGCGAAAAUGCCCACAUCGGAGAGGCCCUCAGCACUGGUUGCACUUCUGUGUGCCGUCACAGAAGUGGGUGCAGUAGAGGCAAGAUCAGCUGAGCAGGAAGGGAGUGAGUCUACACAAGAGGGGUCUUACUCAGUGAACUCUGCCAUCGAGAAGGUCAUUUUAACCCAAAAAGAAUCAGUGUACGAAGGAACAGAGACAUUCCACAAAGACCAAACUGUCCAAGAAACUACCGAAGCUGAGGGAACUGUGUCAAACAUUGAGCAGCAAAUAUCUGUGACUACCACACAAGAAGAAUCCCAAGUUGCUUUCAGUGAUGUGGUACAGGAGGUAUUACAGUUCACAAUGUGUGAUAUGAGGACAACAAACCAUGUUGUGAAAGAUGGCAUUGCUCGUGUCAUAGUUGCUAAGGAAGGGACCACACAUGUGGUUGAGGGGACAUCCCAGAUCAUACUACAAGAAGGCGAAGAACAAACUAUAACUACCAAUGGACAUCCAAUGCGUCUGGUAGAUUCAUCUGGUGAAAUAUCACAGAUAAUAAUUACGGAGGAAGUACUACAAGCCAUGGUUCAAGAGACCACAGGUCAUUUGUCUGAAGAAGCAACUCAUGUGAUUGUGACAGAGGUACCGCACAGCGUUGUGAAUGGCAAUCACUCAAGGGCAGUAACUGAAGUUUAUCCACAGCACAUGAUGGAGCUGGUGAAUGAGGACAUGUCAUCAUCCAGUCAUCCAGUGGCAACAGUUGCCUUGGCAGAGUGUUACACUGAGGACAGGUCAGAAGUAGUUAUGAUUGAACUGCCAGCUAAAGAAGAACAAGAAAUGGAAAUUGGUGGAAUCCAAGAAGCAUGACAUUAGUUGGGUAGGAAGCUGUAUCACAAGACACCCAUGGCUGAUAUUCCGUCAGAUGUACUAUUCAAAGCAUGACAUACUCAGUAUGGCACAUGCAUUCCAUGCGUCUGCUCGUAUGUCUGUGUUUGGGAAUCUAAUUGCUUACGAAGCAAUGAGUGGGAGUACAGAGCCAUGACCUAAUGGAGUGAGAGCCAGCUGGUCACAUUGACUUCACUGAACAAAGGAAUUUUAAUAAUUUUGCUGCCCAUAACUGUAUUGUCCAAGUUAAUUUAAUGCAUCCAUUUAUACUAUCCAUUUAUGGUUUUGAAAGCAAUAUAGUGAAGUUUUACAUUGGUCUGUAUGUUGGUGUAUACCCCCAUUUCUAUUGCACAAAAUUGCUUAUUUCAGUUGUGACAGUAAAGGGGUGUAGUAGAACACUGACACAUGUUCAAGAACAAUUUGAAUAGGUGUUUUCAGGGGGGGUUCACCUCAAUCUCAGGGAGUGAUCAGGGGAACCACAAAGUGGGGGAAGAAACAUAGCCCGAAAUUAGACUGGAUGACCCGGUAAAUUUCCCUUUGUUUCCUGACCUUAGCACUAAAGCCUGAGGGUCCCAUAGCUGAAUUGUGUUAAUGAACAAAGCUGAAAGUGUAGAACGUCACUUUAUAUCAGUAAUGUCAAGAAGCAAGGUGAAAGCCAGCCAGAUGGCAAAAGGCUCAGGAUGGAAUGGGAGGUUGGGGGUGGGGAUAAGUGGGUGGCAGUUGUACUGUGUGCAUUUUUCCUAACUUUGUUUUAAAUUCUAUCAACAGAGAAAUUAAAUGAAUUCAGGCACAUUGCAUAUAUUCAACCACCAUGAAAUUCUGGAUGUUGUUAGCUGUUUAUUUUUAUUGUUGAAAUGCUGAUUUCCCCAGACUUAGAAAUUCAGAAGCAUGCAUUGAACUUGCUGCGUGUUUUCUUUUGCUUUUUCUUUUUGGGGAGUGGGAGGUAAUAUCAAAAGGUGAUAUGAUUUGAAAUUUAAAAAACUAAGUUUUACUCAGCUCAGGUGGUCUGUUUAACUGUAUAACAAACGCAAUAUAAUAUAAUAAUGUACAAUUUUAUGUUUGACAAUCAUUAACAUGGCUUUAAAGGAAAAGUUUCUCUGUUUUUCUUUUUGUUAACUGCUUGUAUCAAUAAAUUGUUCUGGUUUAAAAAAAA